AUGACGAAAUUCAAGUUGGCGAUCCUUCGCGCAAACGGCAUAGUACCGCCCUUCAUUCGGGUCCACGUAAAAAAGUUAUUCUCCCUAUGCAAUUUUCCUGCUCUUUUGACUUCCGGUGUGCUGCGACUUGAAGAAUUACAGAACUCUCCCAUCGAGGAUUAUCCAGCGGAGGUGUUCAUGGAGCUAAUAGAUUCAUAUCCCGGUCUUUUAGCUCGUCUAACGGAUGGCGAUGAGGAGGAUAUCAUCAACGUGGGAGAAUUACUGGGUAAAGGGGCCUCAGGUGUGUGGGGCGACGAUACCAAGACCCUAAAAUCUGCUGUCCUCGAAUGGCUCGUGCCCAGAGGACAACCACUCAUCCCGCCUCUCUCCCGGAACAUCAAGUCGGACCAUGGCUUUAAUCACGAAGUUACCGGUAGAUUGCUCUGCCCUGCAGGCCUUGACUGGUCAAACGUAGAAACCAAGCAAAGUCUGAAGAGCGGUGAAACCGCAGUUCAUGGUGACCAGUGGCCCAUGUUCUUAUAUGCUGGGUACGACUACGAUCCCGAUGAUCCAUGGAAGGGCUUGCUAAGGAGUGAGAUACUAACUUUCUCGGUGGAUAAAGAGCCAAAGGCUACGCGCUCCGGCAAUGCUUACCUACAUGUGUUUUCGUGCACUGACAUGGUCACGGACUCCGAGAAUUUUUAUCAUAGCAUUCUUGACUUACUGGAGGAUCCUGAUGAGAUUGAGGAAGUUACUGACCUUAUGACGUGGUGGAUGCGUUGGGUUUUUCCUAAUUCUUCUUCUUCACAGCACAGUAUCAGCAAAAAUAGCACGCUGUCCAAGAUUCAGGAAAAAUGCGCUGCCUUGCAAGAACUAGUCAGCGCUGCUGACACUAAUUAG